AUGAACCGCAGAGGAGGCUGCAACACCGCAAAGCGCCUGCAGAGGGGGGGCUGUUCCAGAGUAUACAACCCCAGAGGAGAGCUAACCAUCACCAGAAAUGAACCGGCAGAUGGACGUUCUAUACAACUGGAGCCUCAGGAGAUGUCUGUAAGCUUAAGACCAGGGGUAAAUCUGCUUUUCCCGAUAAAAGUCCGCACACAGGAGCCACUCCUGCAGCUGGAGGCCUCUGGAGCUCCCGAGGGCCUCAACAUCACCUUUAGGAAACGGACGGCCACGGACGGUCCAGUCUUUGAGGUGAGUCUGAAGGUGGAGGAAUGCCCUCCGCAGAACCAGACAGGGCCCUGGUCUGUCCACAUCAGACCCAGUGGGUUUUCACACGGUGCUAAAGUGGAGAUAAACGUGGACUGUGGCUGCAGCUGUCUGGACCGUCCUGAGCCUCACAGUCCUCACUGCUCUCUCCACGGCACCUUCACCUGUGGCCUGUGCACCUGCGACCCUCUCUACGUCGGUGCCCGCUGCGGGACACAUGUAUCCAGUCUGGAGGAGGACGCCAAUGACCCUGAGGCCCCAUGUCGAAAAGGCCCUGGCGCCCCUGUCUGCAGUGGGAAGGGCCUUUGUGAAGACGGAUACUGCGUUUGUAAUGAACUCGAGAAUUCAAGCGGGAGAUUCUCCGGCCGCUUCUGUGAAUGCAACAACUUUGAAUGUCCGCUACGCAAUGGCAGUUUGUGUGGAGGCCAGGGCGACUGUGAGUGUGGCCAGUGUGUGUGUAUGAACGGCUGGACGGGGGACGACUGCGGCUGCUCCAUGGACCCUGCUCCGUGCCGCUCUGAGAACCAGCUCAUCGGCCCCCUCUGUGAAUCCUGCCCCACCUGCUCCAACCGCUGCCAGGACCACUCCAGCUGUGCAGAGUGCAAAGUGUUCCAGACACACAGGUGUGAGGAGGAGUGUCGGCUCUACACCGUGUCCCUGGUGGACACUGUUGACGAUCUUCCGGCUCCGAGGUGCAGAAUGUUCAGCCGACAAGACAGCUGUGUUUUCCACUUUUCUUACUCCUCAUCUAAACAUCUGACUGUGACCAAGUCCAAAGAAUGUCCCGGCACCACAUAA